UUUAAGACACAUGCUUCUGCAAGCUUCCAUGAAGGUUGUGAAAAAAGUUUUAAUACAGGGCUGGAUUACAGCUUUCAAGCUCAAAACAUUGGCCACUACACUACCGUCUUAAAAGCCUGCUGUAACACGGAGCACAGAAUAGAGCAGAUUUCUUACAUUUUCUGGACCACAGAUGGAUUUUGAAUGUCUCUUUGUGUCUUGAUGGAAGAUAUGUGAACUUCAUUAACCGGUAUCCAUACCUGAUCACUUGUGAGCGUGUAUGUGUAUACAUACAGAUAUAUAUAAACCCUUAUCAUGGUUUUCUUUCAAGUGUAUCUAAAAUCUGCUCUAAGAAAUGACAUUCUCUAGGUGAAUUUGCAAUUAUUUUUUCAGCAGUAAGGAGCCAGAUAUUUGCUCUCGGAUGUUGGAAUCUUUUGUGAGUUUAUAAGAGAAAUUCUGGAAGCUUUUCUGUACUGGUGAUAGAGAAAUGCAUUUUGAAACGGAUGCCUCUAGCUGUAUGACAACAUCUGCAUAGUAACCUCUGGAUUAUAAACAUCAGAAUGUACAAACUGUGGGCAACUGUGAAUAUUUUCAUAGUUUCUUUUCUACAUCUCCUGCAAGGAUCUGACUAUGAGAAUGGAUCUGUGAAGAGGACAUCUUUGUCAGCACUGGAGCGGUCAGAACAGCAGAUCAGGAGAGCAUCCAGCCUGGAAGAGCUGCUUCGCAUCACUCACUCUGAGGACUGGAAGCUGUGGAAAUGCAGGCUAAAACUUAAGAGUCUGGCCAAUUUAGACUCCCGCUCUGCAUCACAUCGUUCUACCAGAUUUGCUGCUGCUUUCUAUGAUAUUGAUACACUGAAAGUCAUAGAUGAGGAAUGGCAAAAGACUCAGUGUGUGCCAAGGGAAACCUGUGUGGAAGUUGCCAAAGAGCUGGGUACAACGACCAACAAAUUUUUCAAGCCUCCUUGUGUGAACGUGUUCAGAUGCGGGGGCUGCUGCAAUGAGGAGAGUCUGAGCUGCAUGAAUACAAGUACAACUUACGUGUCGAAAACGCUCUUUGAGAUCUCGGUUCCCUUGACAAGUGUUCCUGAGCCCGUACCAAUCAAAAUUGCUAAUCACACAGGCUGUAAGUGUCUAUCAAAUACCCAGCACCACCAGUAUGCCAUCAUACGAAGAUCUGUGCAGUACCCAGAAGAAGAUGGAUGCCCCUUUACCAACAAACUUUGUCAUAAUGGAUGGAUCUGGGACAGUGACAAAUGUGAAUGUGUUGUAGAUGUACAGCACCCCAACAGAAGAGAAGGACUCCCUCCUCUUGCUGAGCUGGCUAUGUGUGGGCAACAUAUGGAAUUUGAUGAAGAAAAUUGUGAAUGUAUCUGUAGACAGAAGUGUCCCACAGAUUUUUUUCAAAGUAAAGAGAACUGCAGCUGCUAUUUGUGUAAGGAGAGCCAGGAGAGCUGCGCUCUAAAACACAAGACAUUUCAUGCUGAAACCUGCAGCUGUGAGGACAGAUGUCCAUCCCAACCCAGAACAUGCCCAACUGCAAAACCAGUGUGUUCCAGGCAUUGUCGUUGUCCAAAGGAGAAGAGAGGUUCUCAUGGGUCCCAAAGCAGAGAAACUCCUUGACUGAGCUCCUCCUAUUCUCUGAAAAUCCACUGCUUUGCAAAGUAGCUGUCACUGACUUUCAAACUAUAGUAAACAUCUUCCACGUUAAUAGCAGAAGAAAGAAUCCAGUCUGCAUUUAUUUAUUAGAGUAAUCACUAACUGCAGGUGAAUCUCUCCUUCCAAGAGAACAUCGGCAAUUGUUCUCUAAGAGGUAGCAACAAUCAGUGAAGUACUGGCUGUGUCAAAGAGUGGAAAGCGCUUGUUCACUGUUACGCGAUACAAGAUGAAGCUGGUAUGUUGGUAAAGAGUCAACGGUCACCAGCCAUUCUUUCAGAGAUUAUGACUAGAUAAUCUUAGCCUCUGAAUCCUUAGCUAAUGCAGGUCCUGGGUGAAACUUUCUUCAGAAAUUCAGUGUACAGGAUUUGGCUUCUAGUAGGUUCAGCACUGACUUAUUUGAUCUACUGUCCAGCUUUGAUUAUCAUUUUGAGUUUAUUGUACAACUACUGUCAGAUGUGCCAUAUUUAAGUGUAUAUAAGAAAAUAAAUACAUCAGUUAUUCAAA